AUGAGCCUUGAGUUAUGGGACAGGCUGCCGGAAGGCAGUCGUAAUAUACUACUGCUGCUUGAGGAGCUGUCCAGGUCUUCACCGGUCCCUACACUCAACCGAAAUAGCCAGCCACACUGCAACCCGCGCGGCGCUGGGGCGUCUCGGCGGCUGACGGGAGCCGGGCAACCGCCGCGCAUGACGGACCGCCAGUACAUGCAGAGGCUGCAGAGGCGAAUCCUCGAGGACCACCUGGAGACACAGCGGCGGCGCAUCCAGCAGAGAGAGGCGCGGGGGUUCCCCCGGCCGGCGCGCGACGGCGACAGGUCACGUGAUGUGACGGCGACAGGUCACGUCACGUCACGGCGAGGCGAGUCGCGCGGCGAGCGGCGGCGUUCGAUAAAAGGCCUGGCGGCGCUGCCGGAGGCGGCUCGCCGGAACGCGGUGAGAGCCAUUUGGCGGGCCUUCGCCGCCGCCGCUGCCGCCGUCUGUGCCAACGCGUACCGCUCCACCCGCACCGACUCCACAGAUGCCACGGUGUCGGCGCGGCGGCCGUCCCCGCCUGGCGCGGCCAUCGAGCGGCUGUCGCUGCGCUACCUGUGGCGGCGGCAGGCCAGCGGCCCGCGGGCCAGAACUCGCAGCCCGGCGAGCGGCGGUGCACAGCCCCCUGCGCUUGUGUUGCAGGCGGACGAGGCGGAGCGCGAGCGGCGACUGCUGCUGCAGGGAAAGCUGGACCCCGCGGCGCUCGCGGCCAGCGACAACCCGGCGCCCGCGCUGGCGCUGCGCCUCUCGCAGCUCAGCCGCUGGCUCACCGACGACCCGGCCAGGACGCAGGAGGCAAAGCGGCGCUUCAACCGGCAGCAUCGAGGCCAGGCCCAGCGUGCAGGAAGGCAGCAGCAGCAGCAGCUGGAGGACCAGCAGCAGCAGCAGCAGGCAGAGGAGGGCGACAGCUGGGAGAUGGGGCCCUCGUGCGACGCGCCGUCGCGCCAGCUGUCGGCCACGGAGGAGCCGCCUGACGGCGGGGAACGCCGCAAGAGCCGCCAGCAGGGGCGGGCGGACAGCGGCGCCGGCGACGAAGAGGACAGCGGCUUCACGCAGGCCGACUACGAGCGCCUCAAGUACGAGGCGCCGCUCGUCAAACAGCUGCGCUCGCUAGAGACUCUGGACGAGAUGUACUCGCUGGCGGAAGAGAUCGUGGGCCCUCUGAGGCCGGUGCGGGCAGCCAAGACGGCCAAGGGCGCCUUCUGAGAGCCACACCGCCACGAAGCCGCUCUGCGCCUUCCAAAGCUGACCCGCUGCUCACCUGCUUGCUAGUGGUCCACGACGCCGCCACCAUCUGCAUCACCAUAGUUUAGCGAGGGCAGACACUGCGUGCGCAUCCUGCGCAUAGCAGUUUCUCAACACGAAUGUUAGUCUGGUUAUCCGAUGGUCACUCAGAAGGUACUUGGUCAAUGAGUAGGGUCAAGCUGGGUCAGUUUGGCGAACGUAAUCUUUGGGAAUUUUUCCUGGCGUAAUAUUUGUUGCUAUGGACUACAUUUUGGCAAAAUACUGUUACAACAGUCUGCUUAAUGUAAUAUUUUUAAAGAUCCAUAAAGCGAAACUGGAAUUUAAAAAUGCGGUUGUCACAAAAAAAUUGGUUAUGUGGUCUCACGCAAUGUCGAAGUGAGUUGACAAAGUCGUCGCGUAGUAGUAUAAACUAAGCCAAUGAUUUAAUUCAUCGACCUAGAAUCGAACGGCUGCUUCAUGUGUUGAUCGCUUAAAAAACGAAACACAAUGAACGUAAGAACAAAGAAUACCUUAACUUGCUAAUAUAUCAAGAACAUUACACCACUAUAAACUUUCUUUUUUACAGUGUAGGUAGGACGCUAUCACUCGAGAUGCAAAAUGUGUUAAAAGAAAAUCUCAACAAUAUAUGCUUACAUUCUAAUUCUACCAUAUCAUUUUUCUUCACCUAUGUUCUCAGGAUUAACAAUGUAGUUCAAUAUGUUUACUUGUAAGAUUUGCACUCCAUAACUUCGGUUGUCAUCCCUUCAUUUUGCCUCUUCGUUUUUCUUUUGUACAUUGUUCCCAUUCUACAGAUAUGAAUGGUAUUAUUCAAGAAAUUUAAUUUGUAUUUAUUAAACAAUAAAUACACCAAGAAAACAACUGAAAAAUUUUAGGGUUUAAUCAAAGGUCGGAUAAUCUGAUGACCUCGUGAAAAAAAUCCAAUUCAUUAUCUGACCGUCUAUCGCCAUUUUUAAAUCAAAAGACAUACCAGGAAACAGUUUUAUCGGAAAACCAAAAUUGUAAUACGGUUGUCUAAAUUUGAGCAGUACGUCAUCAAUCCUACACGAAAAAAUCGAAGUUUUUGUCUAUGCGUACGCUAUCGCGUACAAAAAACGCGUAAGCAGUGGGCUCCGAAAUCACUUUUGCCUAUUGUGGACCAUACGAAUGGCAGGAUGAAACUUAGGGCGUGAUACACGUGGCUAUCUGUUACAGGUCUGAUUUUCCAGUUAGCAUCAUUUUCGUGAAUAACCAAAUUCAUCAUUUUACCCUCUUUGUCGUCUUACCCGACUUUCCCUUUAAUUUUGUAAAGUACUUUCUAUCAUCUUUUAUGAGUCCUGACACAGUCUUGAAUGAGUGGAACCUUUCAUUUCAAUUUGUUACAUUUACUUCUUAUCAUUAUUCUGAAGCAUCAUCUUAUGGCCUCGAAAAUAGAUUUCUCCGGAUUCUGUAUGACACCACAAAGACAAACGCCGCAUCUGGCGUAUAAGGAGGGCGACUGACCUUCGAUUUAGCCAUUCCGUUUAUGGAAUCCUAAGCUAAAAGGUCAUUCUGCGAUUAAAAAAAAAAGAAGGGAAAUUUGAACGAGAUGUAAUAGAUUGUCGCUCAACAUAGAUUUUUGCUUGACGAAUUGUCAGCUGAUGUCUUGUCUUUCGAACUCUUACUGUUGUGGCAUGGCCAUAUUUUACAAAGACAAUGACAUAGAUGCAACCUACAGUUACUUCAAUCUUUGAUCAACACAUGACGAGCUGAGGGUUCCAUUGGCUGCGUUGUACCAUAACGUAUUUUACUGUUUCUUCCCUUGCCCUUUUAAUGCGAUGGGUAUCGCUGCUGAAGAUUCACACUAACGCAGUUUACCUGGUCGGUAGUUACAUGUAACCAAUUUAGACUUGAGGAAUUCGUUGACUGUAACUGCUAACACAAACACAGGCAUGAGAUGGUCUUUAGUUGGUAAUAACGUGCUACGUCUUCGUUACGAAAUCUUGAGAAACAGGCCACCAUGUUCAAUACGCACGAUCCAGGCCGAAGACGAAUGCCUCGAAUGGUUGGUAUAGCACCUGGAAAAGUUAUCUCAAUAAUUUCCCUGCGAUUUUUUCGUCUGUGUUCCUUACUGAUGAGUUCACAGAGUCUUCCUUCGAGAAGCAUCUGGCUCUUUCGAAACACAGAAACAGCAACUGCAUUAAUUUAAUGAGGGGCGGGGGCAUUUAACUGUUGUGACAAUAGUGUAUGUACUUAUCGAAAGCAAGUUAAAUAUUUUCUGUUAUGACCACAGAUGCUACACGAUCCAAAUACAUUCUGAGUGUCCCUCGAAUAACUCAGUAUUUAUACACAGGUACCUACAUAAUUUAUUUCGCUUCAGGAAUAAAGGAAACUGUUAUUCAGCAAAUAUUUGACCUUAAAAUACAUGUAUGGCUCUGUGAAUACAAAUUCACUACAGUCUUACUAGGGGUUCGUCUCUCGAAACCAUUACUGGAUUUCGGGCUUAUUCUCCAUAUCGCUACUUGUUGACGUUAGACACGAAACUUUCCGAUUGCACUAUGAACUUAGUGAUUACAUCUGUGUGUAAAAGUCUUAUUAUUCUGUGUUGCAAAAGAAGCCAUGCUUUGUGACUCACUACAGUCUUACUCGCGGUUCGUCUCUCGAAACCAUUACUGGAUUUCGGACUUAUUCUCCAUAUCGCUACUUGUUGACGUUAGACACGAAACUUUCCGAUUGCACUAGGAACUUAGUGAUUACAUCUGUGUGUAAAAGUCUUUUUAUUCUGUGUUGCAAAAGAAGCCAUGCUUUGCGUAAUAAUGUAUCGUGUACUUGGGUAAUAUAUUUAAGUCAUCAAAACCGGAGAAAAGUAAUAGCAUUCAUUAACAAGUUGUAUUCUUCAUCUUUUGCAUCUUACGGAAAAUUAUACCUUGCACAAUAGAAAUAUUUGUGUGCUUUUGCAGAAAAGUCCUGAAAUAUCAAUCUUUUAAGUUUCAAAACUAUUCACAAUUUAUUCAACAUUUGCAGCUGAUUUCGAGUUUACUGUAGAACUAGUGAUAAGUUUAUAUGUGAUUGAGAGGGAACAUGUAACAUGAAUGUCUAUAGAAAUAUCGAAUGAUGAGGAAAACCAAUCUAAAUUAAUAAACAGUAAAAUUACUUGACAUCUUUGUUGCUCUUACAAUAGAAUCUGUUCUGUGUUCAUUAAAGGGCUUUAACACGUAUAAUAUUAUUAGCUGAGCAGCGUAACUCUACUUGAAGUGUAAUUUUGUUAUGUCUUACAAGACAGUAAGUACGGUAAACAUAACGGUUUAACUAUGAACACAAAUUUUUGUGAUAAUGCUGCAUGUGUUUAAUUCAUAUUUUAUCGUGUCUUAUGAAAAGAUUGGAAAUGGUUAUUGUGUGCAGAAAAAUGUUGUGACUACAAUAAAAUAUCGCGAGUGGUCCUGCUACACCUACGUUAAACAACAGGGUCACAAUCUGAAUGCUAUACGAGACACUAAGAACAUUUCGUUCAUUUUUAUUGUGUAUCUUUUGUAAUAUCCCUUACCUGUACCGAACGGAAUGAUGGUGUACGAGGUAAAAAUCUCUUACCAGAAUUUUUGUUAAAGGAGGUAAAACGUACGUCCAGUUUCUUAGGAGCCUACAAAAUAUUGCAUUGCUGUACAAUAUUAUUUUUAGAGCAGUACAGGUAUGUAAUUACUACAUUCACUGGUUCCUCACAUGUCACA